AUGGCAACACCUGUCGCACCGCACAACAUUCGCUUUCGUGGCCUAGUUGGCUAUCACGCGGCUACUGGUGGUGAUGGAUGCUCGCUUCACCCCCGCGCGCGUCGGACCAAGCGGGGCAGAAGGAGCGGCUUUUUUGUUAUUUUCCUCACCGCGGCUUGGAAUGGCAGAAGAGAGGAGAAAGAAAGGAGGACCGGUUACCAAUCGCACGGCGCGGGGGAGAGCGCAGCAGCAGCGGGGCAGCCAAAUCCAACGCCAACAGCCGGUCCAGCCGUCCGUCUGCAUUCCAAUUCCAGUCCGGCUCAGCCGUCAAAGCGCAGCCCGGUAAAGAGUCGGCCCAUCAUCCCCCACACUCCGCUUCCGACCACCAACAUCGAGCUCAGGCGGCCACUCGCCAUCCAGAAGAGCAACAUCAUUCGACACGGCUGUGUUCCAGCCAACUCUCCACGGAAAGGUCAACGCGAAGCAGCAUCGGAUCCGACACCUGCAACCAGCACAGACGCACACGUCCACACAGGUCCGACUCCUCGAAACGAACGCGGCGCAGCUCAAGACGCCGACGCCGACGCCGACGCAGUGUAG